AUGAGUGCUGAAGAUUUCGAAUUUGAGCCUCCUGUCGUUCCUCAAGACCUCGCCGACGAGCUUGAGAUUGAGGAAGGUGACAAGAAUGUUCGACAAAACAGAUUUUACGUUCAAGAAACAGAAGUUUACCUUAAACACCUAAGACCGAGAGUAAAGAAAAUCGAUAAAUUCUGGUUGACAACAUUACUCAACCAUACUCAACUGGCCGCCACGGCAACCUCCAAAGAGGAUCAACACGCUUUAUCAUUCCUUGAAGAUAUAGAAUUAGUGCAAGAUCUCAACGAUUUCAGACCUUUCGAGUUGAAGUUCCACUUCAAAGAAAACCCUUAUUUCACAAAUACCGUUUUAUCCAAGAAAUACGCCUUGAAAGAAGGUACUGAACCUGCUCCUAAAGAUGGUAGUAUAACAGAUGAACUGAGGAAAUUUGAAGGUACAGAUGACCUUUCAGCUGAAAGCAUCAAGAUUGAUUGGAAGUCUGAAGAUAAAAAUUUACCUAAAAAACAACCUCGUGUAGUUCAAGGUCAUGAUCACGAUGAUCCUAAUCAUGUUUGUGGUGAUGAUGAUUCAGAAGGCGGUUUUGAAGGAGAUUUAGGUUCUUUCUUCAUUUUCUUCGAGAACGCUGAGGAUCCCUUACAAAUCGGUGAUAUACUUCGAUCGGAAAUCCUACCUGACGCCUAUGCGUAUUUCGAAAACCGCGGAGAUAAUUCUCCAGGCAAUGAAUUCGGAAUGGACAGUGAUGAAGAUGAUGAAUUAGACGAAGAAAGUGAUGAUGAUGAAGAGGAGAUUGAUUUGGAAGCAGAAGAGAUUAAUAAAAAGAAGAGAAAGUUCGGCAAGAACGGGAAAUAA